GCCGCGCGCCGGGCGCCGAGAUGCUGCGGCGCCUCACCAGCGGAGCGGCCGGCGGUGCGCGGCGUGGGAUGCGGGCGGACGCACGACCCCCGGCCGAAGGAAGGGCGGGCUUUCCCCUAGAGUUGCCGCCGGAGGACCGAAAGUUUUUGCAUGCUGCCCUUCCGGCGUGUCCCCCCCCCUCGCCGGGUCCCAGUCUACUACCGCGAAGCGCCCCUGCGGAGAGCCGGACAGGUUUGCGCCCCCUGCUCCCUACCCCAAGCCGGGAAGGAGAGAUCCAGGUGACUUCUCCUCCAGCCCUGUUCCGCUGCACCCCUUUUUCUUGGUGGACCCUGGACCGUGGAGAUUGUGCGGACGCCGCUGGAAGCUGGCACCGGUUGGGUAUAUGUGGUUGUGAGAAGCAGGUGAGUUUGGGGCGAGAGGAGCCACCUUCCCGUUUCAGGCUGCGGGCCUUGCGCAACUCAGAACUCAGCGCUGCAGAGCCCCCGGACUCCCUGCGCGAUGAAUUUCUCCGGCUGUCGGAGAACCACUCCGUGGACCCUGCUGCAAGGUCACGCGAGUGGAGAGCAAGUUCUCGGCUCUGGGAAGCACCUGUGCUGGACAUAUCCAUCCAUCUUAAGUCAGCCAUCUCAGCCUGUCAUGGAGCAGCUGCCCUCAGGAGAGGAGACCCAUCCUGGCCCUCAGAUGCAGUGUGGUGGUGUCUGGAAGAAAAAUGUGUUACAUGUGACGUUGUUCAACAUUUGCCAUGGGACAUCUCAUAACGGAGACUGGGCCAUGUGAAGAAGAAUAUUGGAAACUUAACCUCACUUCAUGCUUGGAUGUUGGCAAAGCUUCCCCUAAGAUAAUGAAUGCCUAACCGUCAGCAACUACUUUGCCACUGUGGGCUUCCUUGCUCACCUAGAAAUCUAGCAAGAGAGCGUGGUGAGGGCUGUGAGAUCCAUCAUCACUGCCAAAAAGUCCCAAGGUCUUUCCACUUUCAAGAGGUGAAGACCCAAACUGUGUUAUUGGAUGAGUGGUAUUUGUAGAAUGAACGAGAAUGUGAGCGCUCUGUCUUACGGAUAUAAUUAUGUGAUAAUCAAGUAACGUAGUCUUGUCUGUCUUAUUGUAUGAAUCAUUUACAGACUGUUGUUUUCCUACUUCCUUGAGAAGGCUGACUAGUACUAAGACACCUAUGCUAGAUAGCUCUUAAUUAUUCUCAAUUUAUAGAUGCUGAAAUUAAUGGUCAGAGGGAAGGUGCAAUAAAGCGUGGCUCCCUCUCACUGGUUUCUUAUAUCCCAGUGACCAAACACCUGGCCGGCACUGGUGCAUAAGUUGCGCACUGCACAAUUGCACUUCCAAGGCAUGACCUUCAAAUCACAGACAUAAUAUGUUUAUUAUGAUAAUUUUUCUGACAGAUGGCCAUAAAGUGGCCUAUUGUAACAAAAUGAGGAAUAUAAAACUAUUUUCUAUGGCAGUAAAGUUUUUUGAAGAGAAAGUACUUUUUCCUAAUGCUCACUGAGGUGCUCGGUGGACUAGCAGAAGGAACAUUAUUAUCGAUGACUCUUUGUAUUAGUUACCGGUUCACCUGGAAGUUUUACUUUUUUGCCUAAAUAGGAGUUACCCUCUCUUGUUGACAUGUGUGAUUAGAUGUUAGUGUUGUAGAGUGACGCAGGUUACAAGUAAUGCAUUUGAGAUGUGUCUUGCAUAUGAGAAAUACAGUGCCUUGGGUCAUGGAGUAAAUAAAAUGGCCUUGGUUCUCAUUUGGGUUGUUCACACUUCAGUGGGGGCUUAAAUCAUCCUAAGUUUGGUUUGGAGAAAGAGUCAUGGACACAUAUAUCAAUUUAGUAAUCUGGCAUCAAGGAGAUACACAGAGUGUUGUUUCAGUUACAGAUUAACCCGUAGUUGCUUUAGCAACGGGCACUGCCUAGAUUGUGAUCAGUGCCAAGUCAUGACCGGCACUGAACUCCUGGGAGGACUGGGGCAAAUUUGGGAAAACUGAUCAAUGAUGAACUCCACAUUGGCCCUUUACAGGGAGAAUCACAAGUAAAAUACUGUAGGGUGGGACUGACAUUAUUGUAAGUGUUAACACAGCCUGUCCAGCGUUCAUCCUUGGUACCUACUCUCCCAAUACAAUUGUUCUGUUCUAACUUUGUUCUGAGUCUUCAGUGUGUUAAUCAUUUCAUGGUGUGUUCAGAGGGGAAGAACCUCCCCACAGGUUUCAGUGGAGAAGGCUUUAGUUUCUCCACUUAUACAAGUACCCUGGCAUUUAGGGAAUUUGGCUAAUUCAAACAUUGUCUUUUAUAAUGCCUACUAACUACCCCAAUUUGAGUUGGAGGUGGAGUACAUAAAAGAAUCACAACCUCUAUUUUAUAAUCAGAAUAAGAGAGGUUGACAGACUUACCUUUGCUGGCCGUGUGCCCAGUGCCUCUCAUGAGGGGCCUGCAGUUUAGUUUCAGGGAGCUGUAUGUGCAGUCAGUAAUUAGGCAGCAGGAUAGCCUGUGCAAAGGUGCUGAUCCGAUGUGUGCCUAAUAAUGUCACAGGAGGCUGAGCAGGACAGGUUGCUGUGGUGGGCAGCAAGGGCUUGGAAGAGAGGAGAAACUUGAGCCACAAAGUAAAAGGGAGGGCGGAUAUAAAUAACUAGUGGGCAGAGUGACCCAGUCCUGAGGAUGGGUACAGUGGCCCUCUUAAUUAAGAGCCUCAGGUCGCAGAUAAUAGUUCCCUGAUACAAAGCCUUAGUGGAAAUCAAGUAACUCAGAAGUUUGGAAUCAAGAAGAAUUUAAAAGAGUUGCACAAUGUUUCCAAGAUUAAAAUCUAUACUGUGAGAUAACAUAGCUAAUAAUUUAGUGUGUUCUUAGUCAAGUGGUAUAUUUCUUUGAGAAAUACUUUUUAUCAAGAACAAAUCUCUAUAAUUAGGGCUCUGUUGAUCCAAAUGAGCUAAUUAGGUGAAAAAGAUGAACUUUUCAAGAUUCUUUAACUGUUUGGUUGACAUAUUUGGAAACUGAUUGUACUG